GUCUCUACGGUCAUGGAGCAUAACCGUUGCCUAGGAUUCUUCUUUGGCUCGGUCUAUAUUAAGUUCCAGGGGCCAAAGGGUAAAUAUACCGAACGGCCCCCCGAAUGGGACAAACCAACGGUGGAAAACGUGACCACGUCUGCAAAGUCGGAUUCUGACUUAAACAAGGCUGCAACACUGCCUAGUUUAACGACAGAAAGUGAGGAGCAAGCCACAGCUCCCUCCACAUCGCGCGACACAACUGAUGCGCCUAUGGAGGUGACGCCUGACGAUGAACUCAUCCUGCUCUCAGUAGAUUCGGACGACCCUGAGUCGGCUGUUUCGGAGAGUGGUGAUGAGUACACCAGAAGGUUCGGUGGUUUGGCCCUUGGUCAGGAAGAAGGGGGGAUGCUAUCUGAUGAUGGCGAACCCCUCAUCUGAAUGCCACUUUCUUCAAGCAAACCUCCAGCACAGUCAGAGCGCUACGGCUCAGCUCAGGAAAUGGCUGGAGGUAACCACUACGGCCAUUGUGCUUAUCCAAGAGCCGUGGGUAAGCAACUCUGGCAAAAUCAACGGCCUCACUAACAUCGGAGGGAUGUAUGCGCCAUCCUACUACUAGGCGACAACAACCACAGGCCCAACAUUGUGAUCGCCUCGACGUACAUGCCGGCAGACGA